UUGCUGCUGCUCAGAGGUGUGAGCGCGCGUUGCGGCUGGCGCUCGCUCUUAUUUACACUCAUUCACCUCACACUGCAUCAUAGAAAAGCUCUGUGAACUGCUGCCGCUGGUUAGGAAAUGGACUUUCUAAAGGGAUUAAUGUUGCUCUGCAAUGAUACAUCUCAAGCUCUAAAUUUGCAACGCCACAAGCUGUUCCUCCUGAUAGAAUGGAAAGGAUUUAAACAGCCAUAAUACUGAAGAGGAUUUUUAUGACUUACGGUAUAUCCACAUUUUAUCUACAUGUCAGAAAUGCCCCCUUCUGUUAAAUGGUGCAUUAGGUGGGCUGUUUGGUUGUCCUUUGUUCUGGCACUGAUCCCCAGGACCAAAGGAUCGUCACUGAACUGUCACAAAAUGUGCAUAUGCGCCAGUAACAUUGUUAGCUGUUCCAAGAUGAACUUGACAACAGUUCCGUCCGAUCUUCCCAACUAUACAGCUGUGCUCGAUAUUAGCUUUAAUGAGAUAACCGGACUGCGUGCACAAUGGACCAAGCACAAACUACCCAAUCUCCACAACCUCUUACUUAGCCACAACGGUUUGAAUUUCCUCUCUUCCGAGGCUUUCAUUUUCGUAAGGCAGCUGCGCUACUUGGAUCUAUCGUCCAAUAACCUGCGACAGCUGGAUGAGUUCAUCUUUGAACCCCUGAUACAUCUGGAGGUUCUGCUGCUCUAUAACAACCACAUCUCACAGAUCGACCGCACUGCCUUCUUGGGCCUCACCAGCCUGCAGAAGCUCUACCUGAGCCAGAACCAGGUGUCUCGCUUCCCUCUAGAGCUGGUUAAGGACAAGUCCCGUCUGGAGAAGCUGAGUCUGUUGGACUUAUCUUCCAAUCGGAUCAAAGUUCUCCCCAUCAAAGAUCUGAAAGGCUUACCGGCCUGGAUUAAGAAUGGGCUAUACUUUCAUAACAACACCCUCAUCUGUGACUGUGAGCUGUACAGUUUGAUGGCUCACUGGUAUAUCCGACGGCUCAAUUCGGCUCUGGACUUUAAGGAUGACCACACCUGUAUGCAUCCUGGCCCAGAAAAGCAAGUGCUCCGUGUGUAUGAUCUGAACACUCAUAUGAACUGCAGCACUUUUACAGAAACAGAUGAGGAGGCUUAUUUGGAGCAGACGCUCACCCUCAGCUGUGACACCCGACAUCGGGACAUGUCCAAGACCUGGAUGCUACCUGGCAACAUAGUGGUCUCCCCUGGCAAUAACCAGAGUGCCGUGGUCCUCCCAGAUGGCAGGCUUGAGAUCAAAUCGAUAAGACCUGAGAACUCAGGUGUGUAUACUUGCUUCGCUGUGAGUGAAUACCUCAAUGAAACGGUCUAUGUGGUUGUGAAGGUCCACAACUUUACCAUCAAUGGCAACGGCGAGACCCUCAACACAGCUUACACCACUUUGGUAGGCUGCUUAGCCAGCGUGGUCCUGGUCCUUAUCUAUCUGUACCUGACACCUUGCCGUUGCUUCUGCUGUCCCGAACAGGGCAAGUCAAAGAAUCAUCGUGAAGACAGCAUUCAUUCCUCCAUGCUCAGUGCCACCCCAACACACGAGGAUAUGGCAACAAAAGCAGAGCUCAACAGGCAUGUGGCCUUCAUAGACCCCAAGGACCUGCAGGGGCAGAAUGGCAAGGUGAAUCCAAACGGAGAUGAGGAUCUUGAUGAGGAAGCCAUGCAGGGAAAUGGAAAGAGGAAGAAAUCUGUGGCAGACUCGAUAAGUUCAGUCUUUUCUGAUACCCCUAUUGUGGUCUGAGGGAACGCUGUUAGACAUCACCAUCUUUGAUGGAUGUGUAUUUUGAGAGGUUUGGCUGGAGAAAAUUCCUUGUUGUGGCUUUCUUGGACAAAGAGACAGAAGUUUGCCAUCCUCAGGGUUUGGCUGUAUCUGCGAAACCUAUCCAGCAUUUUAAUCUGUAGCACUUAAGUAUAUACUGUGAAAAGGUCUUGCCAUAUUAGUGGACUCUAAACUUGGAGUGUUUAGAUGUACCUGUGAUUUUAAGCCCAAUUAGUGUGACUAGAGUUAAUCUGAGUAAACAUCAAAUGUGUUUUCUCAAUGAUCAAGGUGAAGAACUAGGGAGCUAGCUUUCUCUUUAAGAAACUUUUGAACAUUAAUGCAUCCAGUAUAUAAUCAAGUCAUAAGCAUGAGUUUGCAGACUACUUAUGUUAAGAAGAAUAUAGCUUAGAAUGAAUCCCUUGUUGCUAAUAGAUCACAUUUACCACCUUUGAUGCUAACUGACCAACAUUAUCACUUUAUGUACAGCCAGAAUUGGUCAUUGUGGUAGGAGAGCAAUGCACUAUUGCACUUAAAAUAUGUGAAAAAAAAGAAAAACAGGUUCUACCUUCAAUUUGUCUGUUUCCAUGACAGACCAGAAAGGUGUGUUGAAGGAGAAAGUCAAACAGUAAGUAUGACUGGCCACUUUAAAACCUAUUCAUUUUCAGUCUGCUUGUAUUAAAUAUACUAUUUAUAUAUAACAGGUAAUGCACAUGACCAUUUGAUGAUGACACUGUCAUUCAUUAAGUUAAAAUAAAUAUUUACCUAAUUCUUAUGAAAGUAUGGUAGAAAAAUAAAAAAGGAUUUUUUAUUCUUUCCACUCUGACAGAUGACUGUUUUUUGCCAUAACUGAACCACGAUUAAAGAAAUAAUAUUUGUUUCCUGGGUCGGCUCUUUGAAUCUAGGCUCUCUUCAUUAGAAGUUUUUGAAGUCAGCACUAAUAAUCUUUUAAUUUAAAUGUUGAAUAGCAAUCAUAAUUUCAUAAGAACUUACAGGUGCAUCUCAGUAAAUUAGAAUGUCAUGGAAAAGUUCAUUUAUUUCAGUAAUUCAACUCAAAUUGUGAAACUCGUGUA